UCUAAACAAACUUAAAAAUCAAAAGGAUUGUAUUAAUAAGUAAAGUAGCCAAAAAAAGAACAUAUGAAAACUGGACAUUGGUCACUUUAAGAACAUACAACUUAAAUAAUAUUUCUUUAAUAGUUUGAAGGUAAAAUGACUUCAUCUAUGAUGAAAAAAACUUCAAAAAUAUUCAAAUAAUUAAGAGAAUUAAUUGUGCCAAAAUCAUUUAGAAACAUUAAUAAUCAUUAUGAUUAAGAAUAAUUGAUAAUGAUGUAAGAAAAUAGCAUCAGCAUGGGUUUUAUCCAUCGGCUAUAUAAUAUGAAUAAUGGAAUCAAUAUUAUGACAUGAAUUAAAAUAUCAAAAAAAAAGAAGAAGAAUAAGAUCUUGAACUUCGGUAAUAGGUAUAAUAAUAAUACAAGCACCAAUAAGAUUAUGAAGAUUUUUGAGAAUAAACUUCUAAAGAAAAUAAAUGAAUUAGAGUUAAAUUGAUGGCCGUAAUUCAAUUGUAAAUGACCUUUGAAAUAAAUAUGAAC